CCGGGACCGGGGCUGGGGCUCCCCACCCCGGCGGGAGGAGCCGCUCGCUCCGGAGCCAGGGCCCGCUGCGGCCGCCGCCUCCUGCCCCGCGGCCCGCCCGCCAUGGAGCGCUUCGUGCGGAGCCGCCGGGCCGCCCUGCAGGAACAUGUCCAGCGCAGGCAGGAAGUCCACGUGGUGCUGGGGAAUGAAGCCUGCGAUCUGGACUCCACAGUGUCGGCGCUUGCCCUGGCUUAUUACUUGGCAAAGACCUCUCUGGAGUCCAAGGUGGCAUUUGUCCCCGUGCUGAACAGCCCCCGCUCGGAGUUCCCCUUGCGCACAGAGAGCGCCUUCCUCCUGCAGGAGCAGCAGAUCCCCGACAGCUGCCUGAUCUUCCGGGAUGAGAUCAACCUGCAUGCGCUGCACCGGGCUGGCCUCCUCUCCUUGACGCUGGUCGACCAUCACAUCCUGCCGAGCGGAGACGCAGCCCUGGAGGAGGCCGUGAUCGAGGUGAUCGACCAUCGGCCCCUGGAGAGGGCGCCUCGGUGCAGGGUCACCGCGGAGCUGGUGGGCUCCUGCGCCACGCUGGUGACGGAGAGGAUCGUGCAGGGCCCAGCGGAGCUGUUGGACAGACAGACGGCCGCCCUGCUGCGUGGUACCAUAAUUCUGGACUGUGUCAAUAUGACUCCAGAAGCUGGGAAAGUGACUCCCAAAGACACUCAGUACGUGGCCCUGUUGGAAUCCAAGUUCCCAGACCUCCCGGCGAGGAGCGUCCUGUUUGAGGCUCUGCAGACAGCCAAGUUCGAUGUGUCAGGGCUCACUACAGACCAGAUGCUGCGAAAGGACCUUAAGGUGCUGUCGAGUGACAGGCUUGUUCUUGCCAUCAGUGCUGUGUACGUGACGCUGGAGGCCUUCCUGCAGCGGCCUGGCUUGCAGCAGGACCUGUGCGCCUUCUGCCAGCGGCAUGGCUACGACGGGUUGGUAGCCAUGACUAUCUCCUUCAACGAGCGGAACGAGCCAUUCCGGCAGCUCGCGGUGUACAGCCAGCACGCGGCGGUGCGGACAGUGGUGUGUGGCGUUCUGGAGCGCGCUAACAACCCGCCCCUGGACCUCUCCCCUCUGGGGAACCUCUACCCCAACAUCUGUGCCUACCACCAGGGCAACACAGUCGCAUCGCGUAAGAAAGUCCUCCCGAUCCUUAAAGACUUCCUAAGGGAGCGGGACAUAACGGCUGGCCCCAUGCAUCCAGCGGACAAGGAUUCCUGUGGUACGACGAGACCGGAGCCAAAAGACUCCUCUGCCGGUUGUGGCGAAAGUGACGAGAACCCGGAGGACUCGGAUGUGGCUGGCGAAGCGGGUGCCCCAGAGUAUGAGCCAAGGGGCAGGAGAGAUCCUGCCAGGUGCCCGAGGCUUGGGGAUGCCCUGCUGGAGGAUGAUGCCCCGUUGCCUCCCACCCCCAUGAACAGCCUGGUGGAUGAGUGCCCUCUGGACAGGGGGCUGCCCAAGCUGUCGGCGGAGGCGAUCUUCGAGAAGUUCAGCCACAUCACGGUGGUGCGCCCCUCCGCCAGCAGCAGCCCCGAGAAGAAAUGACACCGGGGCUGGUGCCCGCUCGGGUUUCAGGGACGCGAUUGCAAUCCGCUCUGGGAUUAAACGAGCGGCCUCUUUCUGUGUGUGGACGAAACACGUCCAGCUGUCUCGCGGGGACGUGGACCCCGGCCUCUGCAAUAAAAGCCAGAUGCAGGCGCUUUUGUCAGCGAUGCUCUGGAACCGACCUCCGUGGAGCUCCUUCUCCAGCAGGGGAUUUCAUAGGAAAGCCAAACCAAAAUGCCAGCAGAGUGGCACCUCCCAGUGCAAAGUGGAGCUGCACUUCAAAGGCACCCGGGGGCUUGAUCCUGGCCGGACUGUGCCCACAAGGACCACCUCUUUCUCUUACAGUGAUUUCUUUAAACCCUGCCCUGCUGCAACCGCCUCUUGCGUCGCCGGGCCCUAGGUCAUGAGCAGUUGUGCUGUGUUAUGUGCAAGAACACCCAGGUCCAGCAGCCCCUGAGUCCCAUUCCACGUUGUGUCCCAUUUCUGUGUGCACAGGCUUACCCCGUGCGUCCCUGUCGUUGGACUGACAUCGUGGGAGGGGAGAUCUCGGCCCCACUCUCGUUGAACCCUCUGUGGAUUUGGCAGCUUUGUUUCCAUCCAGAAUCCCCCUCGGGGAACAGCAAUAAAGGAGAGGAACUUCUCUCCCGUCUCCCCCGGCCCACGUGACCCAGUCAGCCGUCUUGCCUCCUGUGAGCCAUUGGGUCUGUCACGUACUUGCCUGACUGUGCAGCACCGUGCGUAAAGGAAAACUCUUCCUUCCCAACUUCCCCAUUAUCUGUGGUCGUAAUUGUCCAAUCCUUUUGAAACCCCGGCUGGGUAACUUUGGAAACUGACCCCCGGGACAGGGAAUUCCAGCCAGCCGUCCAGGGGUUGUGUGAAGGGGUUUCUAGUGAUUGGUUCCUAAAGCUCUGCCCUGGAAAGUGACUGUGAAAGGGAGCUAGUCCCAGGGCCAGGACAAACUGGUUUGGGGUCCUGUUAGUGAACCAGGGCCAGCCUGGGGAGGGGGCUGGGGUUUCUCCUCGUUAGCCCCACGGAACCAGCCCAGGUCUGUGGGGAGGGGGCUCGGGUCUAUUCCUCCUUGUGCAUCAUCUAUGGAAUUGUUUCUAAUUUCCAGUUAUAGGUUCUAUAGGGCUUUUUCGGUUGUUCCUCCCCCCACCCCGGGGUGGGUGCACAAGAAAGAAGGAGCCUGGCUUGACUUUUGGAGCCCUGGCUGAGUUUGCAGGGUUCACAAUGAGGAAAAAACUCCUCAGCACUCGUGAAUUGGACGCGGUUGUUUCCGAGUCACUGAGAGGGAAUAACCCCAAAAUCCCAGGCUGCUGUCUUUACCGUCCUGCUGGAGAGUGAGCUACCCGUGCCUUGGGAUGGUCCGACCUGCAGGUGGGGAAAUGGACCGUACAGAAUGCCCCAGUGCAUCUGUUCCUUCUCCCGAGGGGACUGGCAGGGGGUGUCUCUGACCCACAGCUUGGAUCAUUUUUACUGUCUCUGUUUAAUGCCACUUUGAUUGGUAAAGCCAGUUGUGUUAACGCUACUGCUCCCCUUCCUGGGGACAUGCACCUUGCAUAGUUCCCCUUGGAAAGUAGCCGUUAAUCUUUUGCUGAUAGUUGAAGGUGACGAAGGAGAUACUUUUCAGGUGGCAACUAUUCAUUAAACUAUCGAAGGGGCCACACUAUCAGCUUGCCCUCAACUUGGCCUCUUUUGCUGUGAGCUCCCUUGAUUUCAGGCACGGUUUCGUGUCUACGAUUCCGUGGGUUGGCAGUUCAGAUUGCUUGAGGCCUUGUCUACAUGGGAAAUUUGUACCACUUCAAGUUAAAUCGUUUUUUAACUAAUAUUGUUAAAUCAGUGCAAACCCCUGAGUGGGCUCUGAGGGGAGGAGGGGCUUAUUUCAGUUUAAUUUAAGCCUGUUCCCAAUUGACGUAAGUUAAACAAAAUCAGCCACGCGUAACGGAAAUCAGUUUCCACACAGGGGUUAUAGCCGUAUAUUGAUUUAAAUUCACACCUUAGAUUUAUGCCAGUGCAAAUGUUCCGUGUAGCCAAGGCCUUAAAUGAUUUAUGCUUGCCACCCCGCAGCUUCCAUUGUUCUCAGAGGGAUGGGUGUGAGAUUCCCCAUUAUCCUCAGCAGGUAGGGGAUGGGAGACAGCUCUUUAGUUAAUCUGGCCCCAAAGGAACACAUGGUCCCAUUUUAUUUAGGUACUUACAUAGGAACUGAGCCCUCUUGCAAACUUGGCCCCAUGGCCUGGACUCUGUCUGCAAAUCAGGAGUUCAAGCAGCAAAUUGACCUAAAUUGCAGGUUGGUAUAAUUGGGCCUGCAAAAACCAGAAAAUCUGGCCUUGAAAUCUCUUCCAGGCUCCGUUCCUUGGAAAUGGCCCUUGUCCGCCACCCUGCUGGUGCUUUUGUUGUUAAGGACGGACUUUCAUGCUGGGGCGAUGGUUCUGGUGCACCUGGCACCCAGGAACUGGCGUUCUCCAGAAUUGUCACUCUGGGCUCUCAUGGGAUAACCGCAAUGGCCUGUGACUCCUAAAAAGGACUCGGCACUGACACUGCAGGUUAGCAAGUAACCGCAUGUGUCCCCAAGCCAGGUCCACUCUGCGGGGGCACUUGCAUGAAGACGAAAAACUCCCUGACCCCAUAGUCCGACACCCAUGUAACCCUAUAGUCUGGUGGCUGUCAAUAAGCCUUGGGUGCUAAAACCCCAGACACGUUCCUCGCUGUGUCAUGAAUUCCCCUCCUCCCUUUCGUCUUGUGAAUCAUCUAACCACUGUAUGUCUCUAUGGUACGUGCACCCUAGAGAGACCCUCUGGUGGCGAGCCCUGAGCCUCCUACACUACUGUCUGUGUCCAUAUGUCCCACAAGCAAAGGCUCGAACAGGUGGGUCUGGGAGCUGCACUGACGGAUGAGGUCGAUACCAGGAAAUGAAUGCUGCGUCUGAAUCCCUCUCCACUUUCUAGCUGUAAUGCUGUCUCUACGAAAGCAACGUGCAUCCUUAUUUAUGGAGGAUACCUCGAGAGGUUCAGGCUCAGAGGCUGUCGGUACUGCACCUUGCACCAGAAAUAAGACAGAACCAGGUGUGAUCUCCCUCUUUAUGUGUAUUGUAGUGGCAUGCAGGAGCCCCAGUCACAGACCAAGACCCCAUAGUGCUAGGUGCCGUAAAAGCACAGAACAGACAAUCUGUGCCCUAAAGAGCAGGGAAGCAGAAAGGCCCUGGAAGGUUUAACAAAAGCUUUAGUAUCUGCGAGGUACAAUUGGAUGCUAGAGUUGGGGGUGACAUUACGUAGCCCUUUUUGAACUAGUCUUUGCAGCACCCCUCUGGGUGAGUGUGGUCAUUAUAUCUGCUGUGCAGCUGGGGGAAAGUGAGGCACAGCGGGGGACGUGUCCUGCCAUCAGCGAGUUGGUGUCUACUGGGGUAUGAUUCAGGAGCUCCCAGCUCAGGCUGCCCCACAUGGUAAUCAAAGGAACCAGAAUGCAUUUGCAAUCUGUGGGGUAAAGAAAAUCUGCUUUGGGGUGAGGGGUUAGGGAAGGGAGAUAUUGAACUUGUGGGGGAGUAGGGUAGGGAAACUCUCAGUUCUAUCAGAGCUGGGGUUUAAUUCACCCUUGUGCAGAGAUAGGGGAGCAGCACAAGGUUAAUGCAUCAUAUAAGCCAGCAAAAUUGGCCUCCAUGCCCUGAUUUAGGAAAGCAUCCCUAUUUGGGAAGGGUGCUUAAAGUUAAACACAUGCUUCAGUGCUUUCCUGAAUCAGGGUUGGAUAUGUCUUUGGAGGAGGGUGUCAAUUUCACUCUGGAUGCAGGCUCCUGUUAAUCUGGGUAUCAGCUGAAGUAAUAUACAGUAUGUAAUCAAAAUAAGAUGAGAAGCAGCUUUAUUUAAAUGGAGGGGACUGAGGCACAGGGAAGAGAAUGCGGUUUGAUUUUUCAUCCAAUGUAGCAUUGUAUAAAUCCCAUUUUAGCAAGAGAACCAAUGAGAACCUCAGAGUCGUCACAGUGGGUCCAUAAGCCUUUCUGUUCCAUUCUCGGCUAGCCCAUCUGCAGCGGGAAUGAGCCGCUGUUCUCGGCUGGCAGUGCUGUCUGAUGGUCAAGUUUUGUUAUUUAAAAAAAAAAAAAAAACGGAUUUGAUAUGGUAAUUUCCCUUCCAACACUUUUGGAGUGUUGUGUUUUUACUUAGGCCACCGGUCUACUAAAAUAUGCUAUGUUUCAAAAUUAAUUUCAGAAUUGUAUGAAAAGAGAGAAAUACUACGUAACCAAAGUUUUUUGUUUCUGUAAUUCUGAUGAUCUUGCAUUUUAAGGAUUAAAUGUGUGUGUUUUCCUGA